CACAGCAUGGAACGAGACGUUAUACACGGGGCCCCUCGUGGAAGAGGGGAGAUUACCGCCCGAUGAAACCAAGAUGGUACUCCCGUUGGUCCUGCAGUACUUGACACCCACUUGGGUGUCCUUCAUCGGCUUGGGUGCAGUGAGUGCAGCCGUGAUGUCGAGUGCAGAUUCCUCCGUUCUCGGUGCCAGCUCCAUGUUCGCUCGCAACGUCUACAGACUCGUCUUUAGGCCCAACGCAUCGGAGCAGGAGAUCAUGUGGGUCAUGCGGGUAGCAAUAUUCGUGGUGGGUGCCCUGUCCACGGUCAUGGCCCUCACCAUCCCCACCAUUUACGGUCUUUGGUGAGUCCAUUCGUCGUCCUUCCGAGAUGCAAAAACCGUUCGAUCCGGUUGCCAUUGAAACUCUCGCGAUAGACAGACGAGAAGCG